UGUUUGUGUCCGGUAAUGACGUAUUUCCGCUUUGAGGCACCCAUCCAAGCGAGGACCGAGAAAAGAGAACGGGAGUGUCAGUGUUUAUUAAAGUUUACAAAAAAAAAGCAAAACAAAACAACAACAACACCGAGGAAAUAUUUUCUGGCAACUCAGGUCAUCAUGGCGUCCGGCAGCUCGAGCAGCGAGGAGGAGAGGAGCCUGCGGGAGUGUGAGCUCUACGUGCAGAAGCACAACAUCCAGCAGCUGCUGAAGGACUGCAUCGUGCAGCUGUGCACGUCCAGACCAGAGCGACCCAUGGCCUUCCUCCGGGACUACUUUGAGAGGCUCGAGAAGGAGGAGGCCAAACAGAUGCUCAGCCAGCAGAAGUCCGGUUCUCGCUCCGAUUCCCGAGAGGAUGAGAUUUCUCCUCCCAUGAACCCGGUGGUGAAAGGUCGUCGUCGUCGCGGCGCCAUCAGUGCUGAGGUUUACACUGAGGAAGAUGCUGCAUCCUACGUCAGAAAAGUUAUUCCGAAAGACUACAAAACAAUGGCUGCUCUUGCGAAAGCGAUCGAGAAGAACGUGCUGUUCUCCCAUCUGGAUGACAAUGAAAGAAGUGAUAUAUUUGAUGCCAUGUUUUCUGUGAACUACAUCGCCGGAGAGACGGUCAUUCAGCAAGGUGACGAGGGUGAUAACUUCUACGUUAUUGAUCAGGGUGAAAUGGAUGUGUACGUGAACAACACGUGGGUGACGAGCAUCGGAGAAGGUGGCAGUUUCGGCGAGUUGGCGCUGAUUUACGGCACUCCGAGGGCAGCGACCGUCCGAGCCAAAACCAACGUCAAGCUGUGGGGCAUCGACAGAGACAGCUACAGGAGAAUACUGAUGGGAAGCACUCUGAGGAAGAGGAAGAUGUACGAGGAAUUCCUGAGCAAGGUGUCCAUUUUGGAAUCCCUGGAUAAGUGGGAGAGGUUAACGGUGGCCGACGCUUUGGAGACUGUGCAGUUCGAGGACGGGCAGAAGAUCGUCGUCCAAGGGCAACCCGGAGACGAGUUUUUCAUCAUCCUCGAGGGAUCAGCAGCCGUGCUUCAGAGACGCUCCGAGAACGAGGAGUUCGUAGAAGUGGGUCGACUCGGAUCUUCUGAUUACUUUGGCGAGAUUGCACUGCUGAUGAACCGUCCUCGCGCCGCCACUGUGGUCGCACGCAGUCCCCUGAAGUGCGUGAAACUCGACCGUCCACGCUUCGAGCGCGUCCUCGGACCCUGCUCCGACAUCCUGAAGAGGAACAUCCAGCAGUACAACAGCUUCGUCUCUCUCUCCGUUUAAAUCCCUCUCUCUCUCUCUCUCUCUCUCUCUCUCUCUCACCUCCUCUGUUUAUCGCAGGGUCCAGCUACGCUUUAUUUUCGUAUUUGGUUCGUGCUCGCUGUGUGUGUGUGUGUGUGUGUGUGUGUGUGUGUGUGGAUUUAGCCUCAUGUUCUCGAACCCAGAGAUGUAAAACGAAGCAACAGGAAACUGCUCUCCUUAACAGUUAUUUUGUUUGUGUAUUUAUUUGUUUUUCCAGACUGCUCGGUACAUCCGUCCGUUUAUUUUUAUUUAUUCACUUUGGUUCAGCUGUUCUGACCAUUUCAGAGGAUUUAGGAUCUGGCUGUAGUAACAUUGUAAUGUUUCACUUUUCACAUCUCGUGGUUCUCCUUCAUAUGUUUUCCACAUACUUGGGUGAAAGAGCGUGUGUGUGUGUGUGUGUGUGUUCGUUCUCAAAUAUAAAGCUGAAACAGGAAAAAAAGACUUCUUCCUCACAGAUGAGCCUGUUAACUGGUUUCUAGGUACAAUAGAUUUAUUUUAUUAUAUUUAACUCUUACUGUUACUCAGUCCUGGGUGUAUUCCCGCCUCCAGCCCAGUAUUCCCGGGAUGGGGAUAUGGAUCCAGCGUGAUCCUGACCAGAAGAACUGCGCUCUGGUUACAUUUGUUGUUGGUUUUUUUUCCCUCUCCCCUUCCUCGCCAGUCCAAAAGGUUAUUUCUCUGACGAUGAAUUUUUGAUGACGAGUGAAGGUUUAAUUUAAUUUACAAACAAAAGUAAGCGCAUGAAAUAGUCCAGCGUCAAUCAGACGAAACAUACAAGAGGUUACGAUGAACUGAAAUAAUUGGACGCAAGUCUGAGUGUCCAGUGAGACGGUCAGACAGAACCUUCAGGGAGAAAUGAUUCAAAUGGGACUUAAACCAAGUUCACUGAACUGUCUUAGUUUUCUGUCUGUUUCUUGCCUAAUCUGUAUUCAGAAGUUUUAGCCUCCUGAAGAUCAGAUAUUUCUCUCUCUCGCUCUCUCUCAUAUUCUGUCUCUCUCAUACUCACUCACUCCUCCUAUCUCUCCCUCUCUCUCUCUUACUCACUCACUCCUCCUAUCUCUCCCUCUCUCUCUCUUACUCACUCACUCCUCCUAUCUCUCCCUCUCUCUCUCUUACUCACUCACUCAUCCUAUUUCUCUCUCUCACUCUCUCUCGCUUGCUCACUCUCUUUCCCUCUUCCUCUCUCUCUCUCUCUCUCUCUCUCUCUCUCACACACACUCUCUCUCUCACACACUCUCUCUCUCACACUCUCUCACUGACUCUCUCUCUCUUUCACUGACUCUGUGUCUCUCUCUCUCUCUCUCUCUCUCUCUUUUUAAAUCGUGCGAUCAUUUUGAAGUGUUCAGAGCGUGACUAAUCCCGAGGCGAGGCGGUAAACUGAGCGCUCUCAAGUUUGCGCCCUAUAACAGUGUUUACAAUUCAUUUUGGACUGUAGUGGCGCCAAAGGCAGGUGUGUGUGUGUAAGAUUUAUUGGUUCUGUUUAUACUCUUGAGGGUACUGAAGUUGCGUCCUUUAAACACUGUGUGUGUGUGUGUGUGUGUGUCUGUGCUGUAGCGAUCCGCUUUUGCUCCUUAUCGUUCUUUAUUGCACACAUAUAGCAGAAGUAAAUGAUAGUAAAUCACCAUAAAUGUAUUUUUUGCACACUUUGGUAUAUAUUGAAAUAUUAAGAUUCUCUCUAUAUAAAAUCUACGUGUCGCUCACCCCCCCCCACACACAUUAUUAAUUGCUCCUCUUCUUUCUCUUACGUUUUAUUUUCUCUGCUCUUCUCUCCCUUCAUAGCCGUCCUUUAACCGUGUAUCCAGUUCUCCACAUAGGGCACUAUUUUUCUAUAUCCAGCACACUCACGAAAUCCCACAGCGCCCUGCUUUGUCUCCGGUUUGGGACACGCCCACUAGACGUUCGUGUUGCCUAUAUAGUGAAUAUAUUAGGACGCAUCCACACUGGGCGUAUUUAGUGAAUACGGGAUGAGAAGUGGUUAUGAGGCCUCAGUAGUGAAUUUGGGACGUGUGUGUGUUAUCGUAAAUGAGGUGUAGUUUGGGAUGCAGCGUCCACAUGCUGGUCAGACCUUUUAGAUAAAGCCUCCGUAAUACAUAGGGUGUGGUUUGGGACACGUCCACUAGUUAGGAGGUCUGUAUAGUGACGAAGGUGUAGUUUGUGUAGGGUUUUUACCGGACAGUGCUUCUGGUCUUCAUUUCAGUACUGUGCGUUUAUCACAGUCUCACAUUUCAUAACUGCUUUGGAUGACCGGAGUGAAGCAGGACUGUGUUUAUCUUUUUAAAGUCACCUAAUUGUGUUUGGAUUCUCAACACUGUGGAACAGAACGUGAAAUCGUAGUUACUGUAACAACGGAGUAGACUGUAUUUAGUCCGGUCUGUGAUCAUUUCAUUUUAAUUACAUGCUUUAAAGUAGCAGCGUGUAACUAUUUUGUUUCCUAAAAAGGAGUCAGAAGAAAGCGCCCGAGAACGGGGCGUCCUCUCAAUUUCAAGUCGUUCCUGAAAUAAAUUUAAAGUCAGAACUGUCAGAUGCGACGCUUAUGUUGCUGUUGUUGCGUCGCCAUGGAAACAACCCUGAACUCCUGUAACUUAGUUACAUACUGCAGCUUUAAUAUUAUGGAACGUUUGUCUAGCAAGAAUUUUUUUGUGUAGUAUUAAACAGGACAGCGGAUUACGGUUUUCCAAAAACGUUGUACUGUAUUUCUUUCAAAACUGACGGAGGAAACUUGAGCACAUGCGUGUGCGUGCGUGCGUGUGCGUGCGUGCGUGCGUGCGUGCGUGUGCGUGCGUGUGCGUGCGUGUGUGUGUGAGAAACCCAUACAAGAGUCUCUUUACACUCAUGUCAGAGGCUGUUAGGUUGCCUGAUUUCAAAACGUCCUUUUGCUUGGGCAUCAGCUUUUAACAAACGUAAAAUCUAUUAAUUGAGCAUAGGAAUGAUUCUCCUCACAAUAAUCGCUUCAGCUCUUGGCACAGUUUUAUUAAACAGAAGGGUUUCGUUCAUUCGUGGUUCUUUAAAUUCUCCAUCGUGAUUGGAUAUCUUUACAUUCUUUAUCGUGAUUCAGUAUCUUAAAAUUCUCCAUUGUGAUCGUGUGAAAUCUGUAAUUUAGUUGUAUUAUGCAAAAGAGAUUCAAGAACACUUGUUAGGAAACAUCGUGGGUGGAAACAAGCGAUAACAACUACGGGAAAUUCGGUCGAAGUUCCCGCAGGGGGCGGGGUUAGAGUAGUCUCAUCCACGCCCACGACUGAUCCAUAUGCCACAUAACUCGAGGCGAAAUUUCUGAACCAAAUACAAAAAGCUACAUCAGCUCUAAUGAUCCUAAACGUUUCACACUGACGUGUAUAAAUCAGAAACCUGCCCCGAGACUCAAACUAGAAGAUUAAAAGAUUUUGUUGCAUAAAAAUGACUAGCGAAUAGAGAGUGAGGUUAAUGCGGUGAAAACUUUUCACGCUGAACAACCGACAGAUUUAGAACUUUAUCCAAGAUGUGUUAAACUGUGCUGAAGAGUUCAGCGAGUAUCGUGAGGUGAAGACGUAGCGCUAGCUCCAUGUGUUCAUGAAAUCUGUUAUUUUUGUUGUCGCUUAGUGACGAACUUUAGCGUCACGCCCUGUCCUUUCUUUCAUUAAGUACAAUACUGACUGAACAUCCAAACAGUUUUCCUACAUUUGUCUAACUGAAGCAGGAGCUUGUGAAAGAAGCAGAUGUGAUUAGCUUACGUCGUUCCCUAAAGUUUGAUCUCCGCAGUAUUUGAUUCUGGCGCGUCUAUCGUUUCGAGCUCAACGCUAACUCCAUAGCCUCUCAAUUGCGUAGCGGUGCUGCAAUGACACGCUGUUUUUCUUUCUGAAUAUGAAGAAAAUUUUCACCUCAGAGAGCGGCCAUUUUGGUUCGUUUUCUUCUUCCACCAGAACCACACACCCCUUCCUCCUCCUCCUCCUCCUUGUGUAUUAGUCAUUCCCAUGUCUUCUUUUCAGAGCUCUAGUAUGGAUAAAAAGCUGAUUUUCUGUGAUCCUGGCUGACGUGUCCAUCUGCGCUGCUCUUUAGCUUUGCUGAGGACCAUUUUCUCUUCUGUGUUUCUGUGAUGUAUUACAGAUUUUCUGUUUUUUUUUCUCCUCCCCUUAUAUCGUGCUGAUAUUGUAACCCCCUUUUUUUUGGUAUCGAUCAUCCCAAUGGCAGGCCAAGCAAUAAAAAAAAAAUUCUUAAACACG